AUGCUAAGCUGGGGACGCUGGCCCCAUCACGGAGCUUCCACGAGCAGACGAGUAAACCAGCCAGCAACAACUCAGCUCCGCAAUCAGCACACGCAAACAUCCCAACCUCUCAUCACAGCCUCGCAGAAUACUGUCAAGAUGGAGGUUCUUUUGGGGAUCACGGGCAAGGACUUCACCUUGAUCGCAGCAUCCAAGGCUGCGAUGCGGGGAGCCACCGUUCUCAAGGCAUCUGACGACAAGACGAGGCCACUAAACAAGCACACCAUGAUUGCGUUCUCAGGCGAGCCUGGAGACACCAUCCAGUUUGCGGAGUACAUCAUGGCAAACGCGAAGCUCUAUUCGAUGCGUAACGAGACCGAUCUUUCACCGUCUGCAUUGGCGCAUUACGUCCGUGGCGAGCUUGCCUCGAGCUUGAGGUCGCGGAAGCCAUACACAGUCAACCUCCUCCUGGGCGGUGUCGACCCCAUCACACACAAGCCGAGCCUCUACUGGCUGGACUACCUUGCGGCUCUGGCGCCGGUCCCAUAUGCUGCGCAUGGAUAUGCUCAGUAUUACUGCCUCUCCAUCCUCGACAAACAUCACCAUCCCGAUAUCACCCUGCACCAGGGCAUCAAGAUCCUGACGAUGUGCACCGACGAGCUGAAGAGGAGAUUACCUAUCGACUUCAAAGGAAUGGUGGUGAAGGCGGUAACAAAGGAUGGAAUCCGAGACAUCGAAUUUGAUGAUGACAAGAUUGUCAAGAGUGCUUGAAGCUGUUUGUCGGAGCCAAUGCCCGGCACCUUCUUCACGUCAUUUUCGCGGACUGCAGGCGCUUUGUACUAUUAGAAUCGGCGUAGACUGGACUGGGUUUUAACGGCGACAGAAAAUCAAUGACAAUCAUGAUGAAACCAGUACGCCCAGGUAUGAUACUACCGAGUGGUUGGUUGCCCAACAGUGGAAAUGCAAAUGAAUAAUAGAGGAGCCAAAGGUGGUGAUUUAGUAGGAUGGCACAACUCAAAUGGCUGGGGCAGGGCAGAGAUUCCGCUGUUAACAUCAUAGAUGUGCAAGACAUGGCCUCGAUCGUAAUAAAAGAGGUUGUCUACCUAACUAGAACUACUAUGCUUAAUGAGAGUGGAGGGAGACAGUUCACGACAAGAGUCGCGUUUGAUCUCUGUGGAAUAAAGUGUAUAUUUGACUGUGUCAGAUACGUAUGCAGAAACUACCUAGGUACCUAGGUACCUUACUUAUCAAACAUCACAGGCUGACUAGGGUAAUAACGAGCAGUCUUCA